AUGCUGCGUCCUAGCACGGUGGUCCUGCUAAAGCAACGUAUCCCGACGUUUUCCGGCACACUUCGCGAUUGGCGUUCCCUCUGGGAACAAUUCACUGGCACGAUUCACCUGAAUGAAGACCUUUUACAGAUCGAUAAGUUCAAGCACCUGCAGUCCUAUUUGAGCAGUGCAGCGAAAAGAGCAAUCGAAGGCAUCCGACAUACCGAGGACAAUUACAACAUCGCUAUCAAGACCUCGACGAAGCGAUUUGGUCGACGCAACUUGCUUGUCAACGAGCACGUCGACCUCGCCUUAGCGCCAGUCAAGUUGUCGGCGUACGUGGAGAAACUUCGCCUGCUCUUAAACAAGGUCAACUUUCGAGUCUCCACAUUGACCGUUUUGGGCGUCUCUCCGGACCAGUACGACAUGGUCCUCAACCGCGUCCUUAUGAAGUGUCUGCCGGUUGAUCUCGCGAUUCUCUACCGCCAAAAGGGUCAGGAAGCACCGCAAGAAACGUCCGGCUUCGCAAAAGCUGAACAGAGAGCUCGCCAAGUGGCCGAAUAG